UAUAUCCUUACCCCUCUUUUGCCUGCGUGCUGUGUUUGCUCUCUCCUUCAGUUUCUUUGUCUCUCUUUAUAAAUAAGUAGAAAACUUCUUUAGAUCAGAGAGCAAAGGGGCAGGAGAAAAACUAUCUUCUUAAGGUUUUAUUUGUGCCAACAUAGAAGUGCUUUGUGGUAGGCCAUCUGGACCGGGAGGAUUUCCUCAGAAUGUAAAGUAUGUCGUAAGAUUUAGAGAGCUGGGAUUUGCUCUGGAACUAUCUGGGAAGGCAGCAGGAAACGUAGACAGAACUGGUUUAUAUUGCUUGUAACGUAGGUGGCAAGAAUGGAAGACAGCUUGCCUGGUCUCGCUUCUGUGUGUGGUUCCUCUACACUUACGAACUUCUGCGCUGAUGAUAGUAUUUCUGCUGCAAGUACUUCUGAUGUUCAAGAUCGCCUCUCAGCUCUUGAGUUACGAGUUCAACAACAAGAAGAUGAAAUCACUGUGCUGAAGGCAGCUUUGGCUGAUGUUUUGAGGCGUCUUGCAAUCUCUGAAGAUCAUGUAGCCUCAGUGAAAAAAUCAGUCCCUAGUAAAGGCCAGCCAGGCCUUCGAGAAGCUAUUUCCAUGUCCUGUAUAACGAAUGGGAGUGGUGCAAGCAGAAAACCAAGUCACACCAGCUCUGUCUCAAUUGCAAGAAAAGAAACUCUUUCAUCCGCUGCUAAAAGUGGUACAGAAAAAAAGAAAGAAAAACCACAAGGACAGAGAGAAAAAAAAGAGGAAUCUCACUCUAAUGAUCAAAGUCCACAAAUUCGAGCAUCACCUUCUCCCCAGCCCUCUUCACAGCCUCUCCAAAUACACAGACAAACUCAAGAAAGCAAGAAUUCUACUCCCACCAAAAGCAUUAAACGACCACCAACAGCUGAAAAGUCACAUAAUUCAUGGGAAAAUUCAGAUGAUAGCCGUAAUAAAUUAUUGAGGGCAGUUUCAACAUCAAAAUUAAUAUCAAAAGUUAUAAAAAAUACAGACAAGCAUAAAGAUGUCAUCAUCAACCAAGAAGGAGAAUAUGUUAAAAUGUUUAUGCGAGGUCGGCCAAUUACGAUGUUCAUUCCUUCUGAUGUUGACAACUAUGACGACAUCAGAACAGAACUGCCUCCUGAGAAGCUCAAACUGGAGUGGGCAUAUGGUUAUCGAGGAAAGGACUGUCGCGCUAAUGUUUACCUUCUUCCUACCGGGGAAAUUGUUUAUUUCAUAGCAUCAGUAGUAGUACUAUUUAAUUAUGAGGAGAGAACUCAACGACACUACCUGGGUCAUACAGACUGUGUGAAAUGCCUUGCUAUACAUCCUGACAAAAUUAGGAUUGCAACUGGACAGAUAGCUGGAGUGGAUAAGGAUGGAAGGCCCCUGCAACCCCAUGUCAGAGUGUGGGAUUCAGUUAGUCUAUCUACACUGCAAAUUAUUGGACUUGGAACUUUCGAACGUGGAGUAGGAUGCCUGGAUUUUUCAAAAGCUGAUUCAGGUGUUCAUUUAUGUGUUAUUGAUGACUCCAAUGAGCAUAUGCUUACUGUAUGGGAUUGGCAGAAAAAAUCAAAAGGAGCAGAAAUAAAGACAACAAAUGAAGUUGUUUUGGCUGUGGAAUUCCAUCCAACAGAUGCAAAUACCAUAAUAACAUGUGGUAAAUCUCAUAUUUUUUUUUGGACCUGGAGUGGUAAUUCACUAGCAAGAAAACAGGGAAUUUUUGGGAAAUACGAUAAACCAAAGUUUGUGCAGUGUUUAGCAUUCUUGGGGAAUGGAGAUGUUCUUACUGGAGACUCAGGUGGAGUCAUACUUAUAUGGAGCAAAACUACUGUAGAACCCACACCUGGGAAAGGGCCUAAAGGUGUUUAUCAGAUCAGUAAACAAAUCAAAGCUCAUGAUGGCAGUGUGUUUACACUUUGUCAGAUGAGAAAUGGGAUGUUAUUAACUGGAGGUGGAAAAGACAGAAAAAUAAUUCUGUGGGAUCAUGAUCUGAAUCCUGAAAGAGAAAUAGAGGUUCCUGAUCAGUAUGGAACAAUCAGAGCUGUAGCAGAAGGAAAGGCAGAUCAAUUUUUGGUAGGCACAUCACGGAACUUUAUUUUACGGGGAACGUUUAAUGACGGCUUCCAAAUAGAAGUACAGGGUCAUACAGAUGAGCUUUGGGGUCUUGCCACACAUCCCUUCAAAGAUUUGCUCUUGACAUGUGCUCAGGACAGACAGGUGUGCAUGUGGAACUCAGUGGAACACAGGCUGGAAUGGACCAGGCUCGUAGAUGAACCAGGACACUGUGCAGAUUUUCAUCCAAGUGGCACAGUGGUGGCCAUAGGAACGCACUCAGGCAGGUGGUUUGUUCUGGACGCAGAAACCAGAGAUCUAGUUUCUAUCCACACAGACGGGAAUGAACAGCUCUCUGUGAUGCGCUACUCAGUAGAUGGCACCUUCCUGGCUGUAGGAUCUCAUGACAACUUUAUUUACCUCUAUGUAGUCUCAGAAAAUGGAAGAAAAUAUAGCAGACAUGGAAAGUGCACUGGACAUUCCAGCUAUAUCACACACCUUGACUGGUCCCCAGACAACAAGUAUAUAAUGUCUAACUCGGGAGACUAUGAGAUCCUGUACUGGGACAUUCCAAAUGGCUGCAAACUAAUCAGGAAUCGAUCGGAUUGUAAGGACAUUGAUUGGACGACAUACACCUGUGUGCUAGGCUUUCAAGUCUUUGGUGUCUGGCCAGAAGGAUCUGAUGGGACAGAUAUCAAUGCACUGGUGCGAUCCCACAAUAGAAAGGUGAUAGCUGUUGCUGAUGACUUUUGCAAAGUCCAUCUGUUUCAGUAUCCCUGCUCCAAAGCGAAGGCUCCCAGUCACAAGUACAGUGCCCACAGCAGCCAUGUCACCAAUGUCAGUUUUACUCAUAAUGACAGUCACCUGAUUUCAACUGGUGGAAAAGACAUGAGCAUCAUUCAGUGGAAACUCGUGGAAAAGUUACCUUUGCCUCAAAAUGAGAUUGUAGCAGAUACCACGAUAACCAAAGCCCCCAUCUCUUCCACUGAGGGCAUCAUGCAGUCAGAAAUUACCACACCACCUCCUUCCCAGCCCCCACAUGAGACAGCUGAAGAAGAAAGCAGAAGAAGCAGUUCUCCCACACUUCUGGAGAACAGCCUGGAGCAAACUAUGGAGCCCAGCGAGGACCACAGUGAGGAGCAGAGUGAGGCGGGCAGCGAGGACCUCGCUGAGCCUCUGUGUGAAGAGCCAGCCAACGAGAAGAGCGAUGAGCAGGGUGAAGCGGCUCUUCCUGAGGACCAGCAAGACCCUUCACCCCAGUCCUAACCUGACUUCAGUGCGACUCUUUUUCCUCCAGCCGCAUGGUGGUCUUGUGAUAGAAUUCAGGUAACAGGCCAGGAAGUGAUGGAGAAUCACUACUGAUGGAGAUUUGGGUUUUUGCGUGACCUGCUUUCAAUAGUCUUAUCUUCCGUCUCUCAAAUGCAGUCGACCUAAAGGUUCAGUGUGGUGUGUGCUGAAAAUUAACCAAACUUAAUAGUAGGAAAAGACUGAAACAUUAAGUAUGUCUCAGAAAUUACUGUGUGAGGAGUAUGAUGUAAAUACUGGAAACAAAAGCAGCAGUUGUGUAGGUUUAAAAUAAAUCCCCCGUUAUCUGACAGGCUUUCUUCAGGAACAACCAGAGACACCAGAAACACUCGUCUACUGGCUCAGACUCUGCUUUUUCCCCGAUGCUGAAAAAGAAACCAAAACAAAACAAAACACCUCUCUUACUGAGAUGUCCUCCUUCCCCAAAUGUCUAGUAGAAAUGUUUCAGUUAAGAAAAACUUCAGUCUUGCCACAAGCAGUGGUGUUGCCUUCUUGAGUAAUAAUGACGUUCUCCUACCCUGCCAGUAGAUGUCCAGGUGUGCUUGGGGGCCUGCCACAUAGGUGCUGCCUUUACCAAGUCAGAGUGACGGAUUCAAUUUCCUGUGUGCAAAAUCCAUUUUAUCUUAGAACUAAGAAAGCAGUGGUUUGUUAAAGAGCUUCUAAUGUAUAUUAAACCACUGAUACUCAGAAAUAAUGGAUUCCUCCAAGGAUUCCUUUACUGGCCUAAACAUCUUCAAAUGUUUGGCAUUCAAUGGAAGAUUGGAAGAAAAAAAAAAAACCGCAUGCCUAUAAAAACUAAACUUGGCUAAUUUUAGCUUAGCCU